CAAAAUAAGAUCUUUCUAUUUUUGGGUUUUUUUGCUAUACUUAUGCCGUAUUUCUGAAAGUUCUGUUUCCCAAGAGUAGUAUGUGACAAAGAGCAAAGUUCUGUCCACCGAUUCUCGUGUGACCGUAAAAACUACAGUAUUUUCCAUUACAAGUGGAGGGGCGCUGAAAUUCAGUCAACACACAACAAUCUCGCAUUUUACAUGGAAUUAAGCACAACUUCGAUAAGAUGGCUUUGACUGCAGAGCUAGAAUUACCUAUAACCUGGUGCGAGAGCACACCCGAGCGCGCAGAGUUCCUCAGCUCGAGGCUGCAGCCCUGGCCUGGCCGGAGCGGAGUUUGAGGCUCCUGCGGCCGCGCUGGGAUGCCCUGGGGCGGCUUGUGCAGAGAGCACCGAGACGGGGCUAACUCGGCAUUUCCGAUCCCUUGCUUAGAGCCGAACAGUGCAUCACUUUAAUCGACUCAUUGAGAUGUAAACGAGCUUCCCUAAUCAGACACGCUCAAGUGGGUUCUACCCAUUGCCUGGGGUGAGCUCGCUUGAGUGGGUCACUGAUAAUAACUUCAGUCCACGCAAGGCUUAAACCAGUUCACGUGUCUGCACUUUGCUGCCGGACUAAGUAUCUGAAAACCUCAGAGAAAAGGGGAGGAAAUGCCGUUGUGGAGGUGCCCGGUUCUUACGGUUCUUCACCGUUUUCGGGCAGGUGCCCGCGCUUCCCCUUUAUUUUGCAUGGACGCGAACCCAGUUCGACGACGCGGAGAGGGACAGCGCCCGGCGGCCGGCUGCGGGGCCGCGGCCGGGCCCUGAGGCGAGGGGCGCUCCCGGGGCGGCCCCACGGUCGGAUCCCCCCACUCGCGGGGCGCCGCUCCGGCCGCGGCCGGGGGCACCGCAGCCCUCCCGGGUCGGGGUGAAUUCAGAACCCGGCACCGCUGUCCCGCGGUCCGGCACCCGAGAGGCCGGAAAGGUCGGGGCCGGCACCUCCCCGCCUCUCUCGGCCAGGUUUCCCAGAGCUGUCAUGGUCAGACGCGGCUCCAGGGGAGGUUCCCCCCGGGCUGAGGGGCUGGGGGCUGCCCCAACUUCCUCACCCCGGCAGGAGCGGAGCGCGGCUCCGCGACACAGCUCGGCGGCCGGAGGGCGGAGCGGUGCCGCACACGGUGAUUAAAACUCCCUUUGCUCCCGACUGCACCCCUGAUCCCGGCGCCCCGAUCUGGCUCCGGCGGCUCCGAGCCUUCCCGCGCUCCCGAGCCCGCUCGGGCCGCUCGCAGCGUCCCGCGUUCCCGAGCCCGCGCCGCCGUGCCCGCGCCGCGCGCGCUCCCCCCGGGCGGCGCCGUGCCCGCGCCCUGCGCGAUGCAGUGUGGGAAUGGCUGUGGCGCUGGGGUUGGCUGAAAGAGGCGGCCAGUCGAGGUUUAAUGUCCGCCAUGUUGGCCGUGGCGUAUUGAGCGGAACCGGAGCGGCGGAGGAGCGGAGCCAGCGCCCAGCCCAGCCGCGCCAGCGGGCGCCGCCGGGCCCCGUGUCGGAGUGCGCCCCGCCCCGCCGGGGGAGCCCCGGUCCCUCCAUGAGAUCGCUCGGCGGGGUCCGGCUCUCAGCUCGGAGCGCGCUUGCUGUCGCCCCCCCCUACCCAGCCGGAGCCGCCAUCGCCGCCUAACAUGAGCAAACUGUCGUUCCGGGCCCGGGCGCUGGACGCGUCCAAGCCGCUGCCCGUCUUCCGCUGCGAGGACCUGCCUGACUUGGCCGAAUAUGCCUCCAUUAACCGGGCCGUGCCGCAGAUGCCCACGGGCAUGGAGAAGGAAGAGGAGUCGGAACAUCAUUUGCAGCGGGCUAUCUCAGCACAACAAGUCUAUGGAGAGAAGAGGGAUAACAUGGUUAUACCGGUUCCAGAAGCAGAAAGUAAUAUUGCAUACUAUGAAUCUAUAUAUCCUGGAGAAUUUAAAAUGCCAAAGCAGCUGAUUCACAUACAGCCUUUUAGUUUGGAUGCUGAGCAGCCAGAUUAUGACUUGGAUUCGGAAGAUGAGAUCUUUGUGAAUAAGCUGAAGAAAAGAAUGGACAUCUCUCCUUUGCAAUUCGAGGAGAUGAUAGACAGACUAGAAAAGGGCAGCGGUCAGCAGCCAGUCAGCCUGCAAGAGGCCAAGCUGUUGCUAAAGGAAGAUGAUGAAUUGAUCAGAGAAGUAUAUGAGUACUGGAUUAAAAAGAGGAAAAAUUGUCGAGGUCCUUCACUUAUUCCAGCAGUGAAGCAGGAAAAACGAGAUGGCUCCAGCACAAAUGACCCUUACGUUGCUUUUAGAAGACGAACAGAAAAGAUGCAAACACGAAAAAAUCGGAAAAAUGAUGAAGCUUCUUACGAGAAGAUGCUGAAGCUGCGUCGAGAUCUGAGUCGUGCAGUAACCAUCCUGGAGAUGAUAAAAAGGAGGGAAAAAAGCAAGAGAGAGUUGCUGCAUUUAACACUGGAAAUUAUGGAAAAGAGGUAUAAUUUGGGUGACUACAGUGGAGAGAUCAUGUCUGAAGUC